AUGGAUUGUGAUGCUGAAUUCAAUGCACUGGUUUCCAUGUAUCAAAGUGUUGUACAUGACAUGAAGUUGACAUAUCCAGCAUGGGAAAAUGUCGCUCAGAAAGCUCUUAAACUUGCGUCGCAAAUGAAGUCGACUUUGACUUGUAUGAAUGCUUUCAUAGAUGCUGUGCAAGCUGUUGGUGAUGUCGCUAAUAAUUUAAAAGGUGCCACUCGAGAUAUUGGUGCAUGUCUUACACGUGUUUGCAUGCGACAGCGAUCCAUUGAAAAUCGUUUGCGUGGUUUUGUGGACUCAUUAACCGAUGAACUGGCCAUGAGCUUGCAAAACAAAGGUACUUAUUGGAAACAACGAACCACGGAAAUGGAUCGACAUGCGAAUAAAUUUUGUCGAAAGGUGAAUUGCAAGAUCCGUUCACGUAAAGGCGGUAUAGAUUUAAGCGCUGUUGAUGAACAACGUCGCAUCUCUCAAACUUUGCUUACUGAACAGAGGAAUCAAAUGUCAUUUUUUGUCACAGCUCUACUUCCUGUUCUUAACAGUCAGUUGGGGCUUUUAGAUGAAAGCAGUCAUCUUCGACAGGUGACAGAUCAUUUGCAUGUCACGAUCCGAUCUGGCAAGGCUGCAACAGUCAUUGAUACUAUUUUAAAUGACAUACAUCAAGGAUCAGAUAAUUCGUGGCGUAGCUGUUUAUCUAAGAAUGCUAGUCGAUCCUUUUGCAUAUACAGUGGCGAUGAUAUCUCAAGGAGAACACCAUCGCCAACACCCAGCACAUGUACAUGGCCAACUGCAGUGGUUGGUUUUUCAUCCAAUUCGACUUCAUCGGUACGGGCUCAUACAAUAUCAGUAGUAGAACAGCCACGACGUACAGCCGUUAAUCCUCGAACUUACGCACCUCCAUCUCCAUCACAGCCAUUGGAAUUUGCAUUAAAAAAACCACCUUUACCCAAAAAAAUCAUUUCUUUCUCCAAUUCCACUGUUUCUGCUGCUCCUGAUUUUCACGGGUCGUCUGUUGAAGUUACUAUGACUCCUCAUCAUAAAGGAACCCUGCUAUCAUCGUCAUCGGCAAAUGUAUCAGAUGAAUCAGUUUUAAGGCGACCAGCAAGGCCAUUAAGUUUUGCAUAUGAAGAUAUAACAACACAUCCAAACGGGACAUCUCUUAUAACUCGUAAUGGCCAUGUGAAUAAUGGCUCAAAUGAUCAAACAAAGGCGAGUGCUUCACUGAUUGCUGAAACUAUUGAACAGAUCGAUAAACUGGGUUCGGAACUUGAUUCUUACUGUAACACGGCAGCUGUUUCUGUGACGCAUCAAACAAUUCGUAUUCGUUCGGGUAGUUGUAAACCCCCACCACCACCAGAACGUCGGAAUUCAACAAUCACUGCGGCAACACCGACAGCCCCAUCAGUCGCCGAGAUACGAGCCGCUGGUGGAACAGCAGGUUCAUCCGAUUAUGCAUCAUCAAUUGCUUCAUCUGGUGAAUUUACUCGUGAACAGUUCUCGAUGCGAUACGUUUAA